GGAAGAGUGUCGUAUCUAUAUAUUAUGUACGGAUAUGACGUGUAGCAGUUUUUAUCUAGCAGAACUAAAGUCAGCCCUUUGCAUUGGGCUUCCUGUGUGUUUUAUAGUGCGAUACCGCUGAACAAUUAGCCAGUAAAAGAGUUGAAAUCAGUGCUGCACGGAGAAAAACGAAAAACAGACUGUUUUGUGCAGGGUCCCUGUCCUUUUGGUAAAUAUUGAUUGUUCUCCCUAGUUCUAUUAUGUGAGUAUUAAAGCAUAACCUCGCCACUGAUGGGUAAGCGAUCCAAAGAGCGUCAGCUGGUUCAACAGGCUGGCCGGAGGAAAGCAGUGCUCCAAAUUGGCUCUGUCUCCCGUAGAGAAGUCUCCCAAGCUUCAGCCGAGCAGAGUUCACAAGUUGAUAUUAACCCUACUAAUAUAACUGGCAUUGGACUGCUUGGUGCGUAUGCCGACCACAGUGAUGAAGAACAAGACAUGGAAGAGAAAAGCCAACCUCCUGCUAAAGAAAUUGAUGCCCAGCUGGAGGACUUCUUCAAGGAGAUAAGAUCAAUGGAGAGUGAAGAUCCAGUGACCAGCAAGCCAGGAAAUGGUGGUAACUUCCAACAAGAGCAGGACAACGAUAAGGAGCAUGAUGAGGAGCCCAUGGAGGAAGACCCUAAUUACCCCUGGCAGGCAUGCCGGGAUGAGGCAAGCAAUUGCUACUAUUACUGGAAUCAGGAGACAAAUGAGGUUCAGUGGGAAAUGCCACCAGGGUUCGAAUUUCUUGAUACCAAUGGUACCGAGGUAGAAGCCCCAAGAGUAGACAACGAGAGUGAAGAUGUAAUAGCACCAGAAGAAUCAAAUGCUGUCGAGACAGAUCAUAGUGCAGGUAUACCUGAAGUAACUGGAAUACCAGGUGAUGGUGAUAAUGAUUAUGAUGACAAGAAGAGUGAAGACUCUGUUGAUGGCUAUCAAGUCCUUGAUGACAUCAACACGGAACUAGAUGAUGAGCAGAGCAGCAUCAAAGCAGCUGAUGAUAAUGUUGAUGAUGAAAAGGAUGAUGAUGGCGAAGCAGGUGAUGAUCCCCCCCAAAAGAAGCCACGCCUUGGAGACACUGACGAUGAUGACUUUGCUGCUCAGCUCUUAGAAGAUACGUAUGAGAAAGGAACAAAAGACAUGGAGAUGUCAGACACUGAGGAGGAUAGAGGGGAAAGUACAGCUCCGCUUCUCCCGCCAGAAGCAUUCGAACGUGCAGCAACACCCCCUGAUGUGAAAACAGCUGAUAUUACUCCUUUGGUUGCAAGGCAAGUUCACCAGUACUCAGAAGCAGAAGAGGAGGCAUUCAUGGAUAAGGUUAUUGCCAUAUCAUCUCUGAUUCAAAACAAGUUGCACUUCCUUCACAUCGCAGCGAGUGGAAUAUCAAACCUGCACGUUCUUUUGGUUGAAAUGGAGUGUCGGAUCCGUGAUUGGCGCGAGGGUGCACUGGACAGUGGUUAUUUAGUAAAGAAACUACAAGAAGCAGAAGAACACAUAAAGGAAUAUGAAGAGUCAGCUUCCCCCCCUGGCUGGAGUUGCCACUGGGACAGGAAAUACAAGCAGUACUUUUAUACAAACCUGGAAACCAAGAAAUCCCAAUGGGAAUUUCCUACUGAUGAUGCAGAACCAGAAACCAGUACAGAUGGUGCUCCAUCUUUCUCUACAGCAGUGGAGACCAUAGCAGCUGUUACCAUGGGGAUGCCAACUCAAGCAACUAUGACAGCUAUCACACCAGCCGCUGCACCGGUGGCGCAACCUUGGCCAAAUGCAUCUGCUGUGAUGCCAAGUUCCAUGUAUGCGCCUGUACCCAUGCAACUACCUAUGGUGACCGUGGCAAUGUCUAGCUUGCCUCUUGGACACACGACAGCUCAUUACCAGGUUCCUAUACCUGCCGUCGCACCCGCAGUCACUCCAUCCGAGGAACCACCUCCCCCACCCCCGGGUGUGGACAUCCCCCCUCCCCUCCCCCCUAGCGAGGAUCCGAAGCCCCCACCACCUCCCCCUGAACCACCUGAAGAGUGCCCUCCACCACCCCCUGGGGAUGAAAUGGCACUAAGGAUUGCAAGGACCCCAUCAGUAACGUCUGGUCGCAGCUUGAUAGAUUACUCAGAUCUUGAUAGUUGUUCGGCAAGCCCACCUCCCCUGCCGCCAAGUGAGCCACCAGGAGUAGUUAGCGGUACCUCGUCCCCUCUCCCCGCCACGACGAUGAUCAGUAAGCCCAAGAAGAAAAAGAAAGCAAAGGCCCCCAAGGUUGGCACCAGCAUGAAGUCCUCCAAGCUGAAGAAAGUGUCCAGCCUGGUCCAGAAAUGGCAGACGAUCAAGCAACAAGUUGCACAAGAAGAGGAACCGGAACUGACCAGCAGUGAGGAGGAAGAGGAUAUGAGUGACAUGAACGAACGAAUGAUCGAGGAAUGGAAGAGAAAUCAGCUAGUAAGUGGUCAGGCCGCAUUCAAUCCCAACUUCGCAGAAGUGAAAGGUGAUUGGCGUGAAAGGUUAAAGAAGAAAGAUCCGACGUAACCCACACACACCACAGUUUAACUGCCCGACCCGCCCCGCGAUGUAGAUAGUUUAGUUCAUUCAGUCAAUAAAACGCGAUAGACUUACCACAAGUCUGUCUAAGGGAGCGGUCAUUAAUUACUGGGGUGGGGCGGCAAUUUUGCAAAACCCUGGGCUCAAAAAAUCCCCCCCCCCCCUCAAAUCCAAGCCCAAAGAUUGUGAACCCCCCUAGACCGGGCGCCUAAAAAAUUGCAAACCCCCCCUUCCCCUCUAAUGACAGCCCAAAAAAUGUUACCCCCCCCCCCCCCCCAAAUCGGCUCCCUAAACAUAGACGCAGAUAUCUCCCCAUAUAGCCCACGCCCGUAGUGAUAUAUAUAUCUGUGUGCUACCUUGACUUACGUUGAGUUUUCGCUCCUAUAUUUUUCUUGUAAGAAAAUGAUGAAAAGUAAUAAAUGUGGUUACAUGCUAAA